GGACGCAUGCAAGGCCAGUGUACAGCAAACGUUUCUAGUUUCCCCCGGUCCAGUGUAUUGCAAGUGGCCGUCCGCAGCACAUCGCACCAUGAGAAGUAUCGUGUUCACCGUGUUGGCUCUCGCCUUCGUCUGUGCCACUGCCAGUGCGCAGCGGUAUGCGGUCGCCGAGGAGGAGGAAGGCUACGACCCAUUUCUGCCCUUCAUUGCCGGUGGUACCAACGCGAUCAACGGACAGUUUCCAUCGAUCGUAGCCGUCGGUUUACCGGCACCACCCAACAACGCAUUCUGCGGUGGCGUCAUCCUCAACGAGAACCAUGUCCUAACGGCGGCACGCUGCGUGCUAACGCCCCAGCACACGCUCCUCUUCCCGAACCAGCUGAACAUCAUUUCCGGCAUGCUGCAGCUAAACUUUGCCGCACCGCGCAUCGGCAUCCAGGCCGUCUACGUCCAUCCGCAGUACAAUCCGUUCACGUUCGAGCACAACAUUGCGGUGCUGCGGACCAGCUCGAACUUCUUCGUCCCGAUAGUGCCGGUGCCGAACCUGGACUUUGCCGUCUUCUACGAGGAGAUCGCGUUCGAUGGGCAGGCGUGUCAGGCGGCGGGAUGGAACAAUGCGACCGCAACACCGGUGCAGCAGUUCAUUAACGCACCGAUCCUGAACCGCGACACUUGUAACGGGUUGGCGGUCCAUCUUGGAAACAUCCGCGAGUCGAUGAUUUGUGCCGGCGCGACAAACGCUGGACCCGGUGUUUGCGCCAGCAACCUGGGUACGGGGCUGUUCUGCGAGGGCCGUCUCGCUGGCAUCCUGUCGACCGGGUUGGGCUGCGGCCAGGCAAACAAUCCGGGUGUGUACACGCAGAUCCGGUUCUAUCUGCCCUGGAUUCGGGAGCAGUUCUCGCGGCAAGACAUCCCGAUCGGCGGUACUUCGCCCAUCCCGGUAAUGUAAGGAGAGGUUGGCAACAACAUUGCUUACAAUAAAGAAGAAGAUCAAACCAAAGGAA